AUGCCCUCGCCAAACCAGCAUCAACCAACCAAAGUCUCCAUCCCCAACUCUCUCGCCAAAAUCUCCAGCCACUGGUCUCCAAAGCUUGUCGCCUCACUCAACAAUUCAUACGAUAUCAAGAUCGUAAAAGUUUCCGGGGAUUUUGUCUGGCACAGCCACCCCGAUACAGAUGAAUUGUUCUAUAUUUUGUCGGGAAAUCUUACAAUAAAGCUAUGCGAACCCGAGAACAAAGAAACAGAAGAUUUGAAGGAUGUGAACAUGUCUGAAGGGGACAUGAUCGUUAUUCCAAAAGGUGUCAGGCAUUGUCCUGCUACCGUGGGCGGUCAGGAGGUCGCGAUCAUGCUUAUUGAACCCUCUGGUGUUGUAAAUACCGGGGAUGCAGCAGACACAAAAGGGUUGAAGGCUGUGGUCGAGGAUUUUCGGUGA